UCCCUGCCGGUUGGCCGUGCGCGGGGGGCUGCCCCCGAACCUGACCGCUCCCCCGCACCUCUCGCAGGAGAGCGAGAGACUGAGGCCCGCCUGCUUCCGCCGGGACGGGAGGCUCCCCUGAGCGCUCCCCGGGCCCCAACAUCACCUGGGCGGGCGGCGGAGCCGGAGGUGCCUUGUGGAGGCGGCCGGGAGAGGCGCAGUAAAGUUGUCCCGUACUCCGGCCGGGACAGGAGGGUGCUGACAGGCUGCUCCGCCCUGCGCCUUCCCCGCCUCGGCUGCUCGGGGGGAACGCCAGCCCGCGGCCGGUGUAGCAGCCUCAGGAAGCGAAGGGUUUGGAGCUGUCAGCUGCUGCAACGUCCCGCUGACGUUUGCUCUCCGCGCUGGGUCUCUGUAGUUAUCUCUGCUGCCAGUUGUACUAGUUCCUGGGACUUUCUCCACAAUCUUAAAAGGAGGUCAGAGCUUGUAACUUUUGAGCGCAAGAGCCCAGUGACAAGGGUGCCUUGCUCUUGCAAACAGGGUUAAGUCAACGCAGAAAAGACUUGUUCACCUUGUGCAGUUCCUUUCUAGGAUCCCAGGGACAAAACUGUGUGGUGGUCUUACUCCUGUCAGAACCAGUUCUUGCUCCCAUCCUGUAGGGAGGUGCUUUGUAGUAAUAUGUGUGUGCCAGAGCCUGACACAGACUACCUUAGCUGCCUCCUGUCACCGUCUUCUAUUUUUUUUUCCUAAUUGGCUGAUCUCUUUAACUGUAUACUUUUUGCUGCCACGGGUUUGGUGUACUGUGGUGCUAUCUCCCACUCUAAAGACUCCUGAAAACUUCAUUUGGUCCAUUUGUAAUUAUGUGAUCCAGAAGUCAGCACAGCUGUUGUUUCCUCCUAGUUUUCUGUCAUCCCUGCUCUUCAUGGUUCCAGCUGAAAUUGUUCCAGAGUCCUGGACUUUCUUGCCCUCUAUACACAGAAAAGGAAAGAGGAAUUGUAUCUGUGUACAUGGAAACCUUUUUCUUUUUAAUGGCUAUUUUACAAUAUGGUGCUGUAUUAAAACAAAUGUUAUAAAGAUGUCUUGUAAGAUAGUAAAGAACAGAAAUCAAACCUGUAGUAUCUAUUGAUCGUGCCUUAAUGAGCUGGACAAGAUUUUUGUACAGGAUGCCAAUAUUGAUCUGUGCUUUGUCUUGGACGUGAAUGCUGUGGAAGAGGGCCAAGGAGGAUGCCAAGGACUGCAUCACUGAUUCUUGACAGCCAGGAACCUGACCAAAACUCCGGCAAAGAACGAAGAGUGCUUUUCUCCCACAAACUCCUGUUUGUGGUGUCAGUCUGUCUUCCAUUCCUAGAAAUAUGGAGGUGCUGUGGAGGUGGUAGGAAACUUGAGUUUGCUAGACCCGCAUGGCUCCUCCUGAUAACUGCUCAGUGCCUGACAAAGUGGAAAGAACAAAAGUGAACAUUUUUGACUUUGUGAAAGCCUCUUAAAAACAUGCAUUUGUAGUGCAGGCAUGGAGGUGUUGCUCAAAGGUGAAAAGCAAAAAAAAGCAGAGGAGCCAAAAUGGAGGGCUUCUCUUCAACCAAGGAGAUGGCAGAGGAGAGGCUCUCUCCAUCCAGGAAGCUAAAGAGAUCUUCAAAACAGCACGUCACAUCUUGCAGUGACCCAGGAAACUACACAACUGGCUGAGGCUGCAAAUGCAGAAAUAGUUGUCAGAAACACUGAGUGGCAUUGGAAGGUGUGAUCCAUGAAAGCUGCUGUUUUAUCUACAGAUACUUCUCUUGAUGUCCUACUAUGUCAUAUGAGCUGUCAACUUCAUCGGCCACGGAGUAAACUUUGGAGGCAAUCUGCUGCUGGAACGCUCUUCAGGAGCACCUUUGCAUGGCAGUGAAAGCAGCAGUGUGGGGGAACAGUGUUGUGGGCUGAUGUGAGUGAGCCUGUGCUGUUGGAGGCCCCCAGCCCUCCUGCCUGGCAACGUGAGGAAAGGCUGGUGAUGGUGAGUCCAACUUCAGAGCAAUAUGACAGUUUGCUCCAGCAGAUGUCAGAGAGGAUUGAUGAGGGAUGUGGGGAGACCAUCUAUGUCAUUGGACAAGGAUCAGAUGGGACUGAGUACGGGUUGAGUGAGGCAGACAUGGAGGCGUCCUAUGCCACGUUGAAGAGCAUGGCAGAGCAGAUCGAGGCAGACGUGAUCCUCCUGAGGGAGCACCAGGAGGCCGGGGGCAAGGUGCGCGACUACCUCGUUCGGAAACGUGUGGGUGACAACGACUUCCUGGAGGUCAGGGUAGCAGUGGUUGGCAAUGUGGACGCAGGGAAGAGCACCUUGCUGGGUGUCUUGACUCACGGCGAGUUAGACAAUGGCCGGGGCUUUGCUCGGCAAAAGCUCUUCCGCCACAAGCACGAGAUUGAGUCAGGCCGCACCAGCAGUGUGGGCAAUGACAUUCUGGGCUUCGAUAGCGAGGGCAACGUGGUGAACAAACCUGACAGCCAUGGUGGCAGCUUGGAAUGGACAAAGAUCUGUGAGAAGUCCACCAAGGUCAUUACUUUCAUUGAUCUGGCUGGUCACGAAAAAUACCUGAAAACCACCGUCUUUGGCAUGACCGGCCACUUGCCUGACUUCUGCAUGCUUAUGGUUGGGAGUAACGCUGGGAUUGUUGGAAUGACCAAGGAGCACUUAGGCCUGGCACUUGCACUAAACGUUCCUGUCUUUGUUGUGGUGACCAAGAUUGACAUGUGUCCUGCUAACAUCCUGCAAGAAACCCUGAAGCUGUUACAGCGACUGCUGAAGUCCCCAGGGUGCAGGAAGAUUCCCGUGCUGGUUCAGAGCAAGGAUGAUGUCAUUGUAACAGCCUCCAACUUCAGCUCAGAGAGGAUGUGCCCAAUUUUCCAGAUUUCAAAUGUUACUGGGGAGAAUCUAGAUCUGCUGAAGAUGUUUCUUAAUCUCUUGUCUCCACGGACCAGUUACAGGGAAGAAGAGCCAGCAGAAUUCCAGAUAGACGAUACUUACUCUGUCCCGGGUGUAGGAACAGUUGUCUCUGGGACGACACUGAGAGGCCUAAUCAAGCUAAAUGACACCCUGCUGCUGGGGCCAGAUCCCCUUGGCAACUUCCUCCCUAUUGCUGUCAAGUCCAUCCACCGCAAGAGGAUGCCCGUCAAGGAGGUGCGGGGAGGGCAGACUGCCUCCUUUGCCUUGAAGAAGAUCAAGCGUUCUUCUAUCCGGAAAGGCAUGGUAAUGGUGUCACCACGCCUGAAUCCACAAGCGUCGUGGGAGUUUGAAGCAGAGAUUCUGGUGCUCCAUCACCCCACCACCAUCAGCCCACGAUACCAGGCCAUGGUGCAUUGUGGCAGCAUCCGUCAGACAGCCACGAUUCUCAGCAUGGACAAGGACUGCCUGCGGACAGGGGACAAAGCCACGGUGCACUUCCGCUUCAUCAAAACCCCGGAAUAUUUACAUAUAGACCAGCGGCUGGUCUUCCGGGAAGGCCGCACCAAAGCUGUGGGUACCAUCACUAAGCUACUCCAGACCACCAAUAACUCACCAAUGAACUCCAAGCCACAGCAGAUCAAGAUGCAGUCAACGAAGAAGGGAGCUGUUACGAAACGAGAGGAUGGUGUUCCCGCUGCUGGGACGGCAGCUGGAGGCCCAGCAGCUGGGGAUGAGGCCCCCUCAACAGCUGCAGCACCACUGACACCUACUGCCCUGCAACCAUUGCCUGCACUGGAUGAAGAGCCCCACAUCCGUGAGGGCAAUAAGUCAAAAGUCGGAGGAGGAGGCCGUCGACGUGGAGGUCAGCGCCAUAAAGUGAAAUCUCAAGGAGCCUGUGUGACUCCUGCCAGUGGCUGCUGAAUUUCUUAUUCCUCCUCUCUCUGAAGAAUUCCUCCCCAUCCCUUCAUUUCUUAUCCAAAAGAUCCAGAGCAGCGUAAACCAAAACCCAUCCCAGCUGAUUGGCUGCAGAAGAAUCGUCCCUCCUCCCUGCAGGAAGCGAUGGAGAGGAGCAUAAUUUAUAAGCUAAUGAAGGUGAUAAGACAGAGAACUGAGUAACUGACACCUUCCUCCUCCACCUGUCGACACAUUUUUGUACAUCAUGGGCUUAGUUUUUAUUCUUA